AUGUCAGACACAGUCCCAACUGUGUCAGACACAGCCCCCAAUCGUGUCAGACACAGCCCCCAACUGUGUCAUACACAGUCCCAACUGUGUCAGACACAGCCCCAACUGUGUCAGACACAGCCCCCAACUGUGCCAGAUACAGCCCCCAACUGUGUCAGACACAGCCCUACUGUGUCAGACACAGCCCCAACUGUGCCAGAUACAGCCCCCAACUGUGUCAGACACAGCCCCCAACUGUGUCAGACACAGCCCCCAACUGUAUCAGACACAGCCCCCAACUGUGUCAGACACAGCCCGAACUGUGUCAGACACAGCCCCAAUAACUGUGUCAGACACAGCCCCAACUGUGUCAGACACAGCCCCAACUGUGCCAGAUACAGCCCCCAACUGUGUCAGACACAGUCCCAACUGUGUCAGACACAGCCCCAACUGUGCCAGAUACAGCCCCCAACUGUGUCAGACACAGCCCCCAACUGUGUCAGACACAGCCCCCAACUGUAUCAGACACAGCCCCCAACUGUGUCAGACACAGCCCGAACUGUGUCAGACACAGCCCCAAUAACUGUGUCAGACACAGCCCCAACUGUGUCAGACACAGCCCCAACUGUGCCAGAUACAGCCCCCAACUGUGUCAGACACAGUCCCAACUGUGUCAGACACAGCCCCAACUGUGCCAGAUACAGCCCCCAACUGUAUCAGACACAGCCCCCAACUGUGUCAGACACAGCCCGAACUGUGUCAGACACAGCCCCCAACUGUGUCAGACACAGCCCCCAACUGUGUCAGACAGCCCCCAACUGUGUCAGACACAGCCCAAACAGACACAGCCCCAACUGUGUCGGACACAGCCCCCAACUGUGUCAGACACAGCCCCCAACAGACACAGCCCCUAACUGUGUCAGACAAAGCCCCAACUGUGUCAGACACAGCCCCCAACUGUGUCAGACACAGCCCCCAACAGUGUCAGACACAGCCCCGAACAGUGUCAGACACAGCCCCAACUGUGUCAGACACAGCCCCCAACAGUGUCAGACACAGCCCCCAACUGUGUCAGACACAGCCCCCAACUGUGUCAGACACAGCCCCCAACUGUGUCAGACACAGCCCCAACUGUGUCAGACACAGCCCCCAACUGUGUCAGACACAGCCCCCAACUGUGUCAGACACAGCCCCCAACAGUGUCAGACACAGCCCCAACUGUGUCAGACACAGCCCCCAACUGUGUCAGACACAGCCCCCAACUGUGUCAGACACAGCCCCCAACUGUGUCAGACACAGCCCCCAACAGUGUCAGACACAGCCCCAACUGUGUCAGACACAGCCCCCAACUGUGUCAGACACAGCCCCAAACUGUGUCAGACACAGCCCCCAACUGUGUCAGACACAGCCCCCAACUGUGUCAGACACAGCCCCCAACAGUGUCAGACACAGCCCCAACUGUGUCAGACACAGCCCCCAACUGUGUCAGACACAGCCCCCAACUGUGUCAGACACAGCCCCCAACUGUGUCAGACACAGCCCCCAACUGUGUCAGACACAGCCCCCAACAGUGUCAGACACAGCCCCAACUGUGUCAGACACAGCCCCCAACUGUGUCAGACACAGCCCCCAACUGUGUCAGACACAGCCCCCAACUGUGUCAGACACAGCCCCAACUGUGUCAGACACAGCCCCCAACAGACACAGCCCCCAACAGACACAGCCCCCAACUGUGUCAGACACAGCCCCCAACAGUGUCAGACACAGCCCCCAACAGUGUCAGACACAGCCCCAACUGUGUCAGACACAGCCCCCAACUGUGUCAGACACAGCCCCCAACUGUGUCAGACACAGCCCCCAACUGUGUCAGACACAGCCCCAACUGUGUCAGACACAGCCCCCAACAGACACAGCCCCCAACUGUGUCAGACACAGCCCCCAACAGUGUCAGACACAGCCCCCAACUGUGUCAGACACAGCCCCCAACAGACACAGCCCCCAACUGUGUCAGACACAGCCCCCACUGUGUCAGACACAGCCCCCAACUGUGUCAGACACAGCCCCCAACUGUGUCAGACACAGCCCCCACUGUGUCAGACACUGCCACUGUCAGCACUCCACAUCUCCGCCACCAUUACCCGCUCUUUGCUUCACCUUGAAGAAGUUUCUCUCAAGCUUUUCACAGGACAGACAACAUAA